CCCGGAGGCCAGCGGCGACCAGCAAAGCCUCACAAACAACUCCGGAGUUUGGCACUUCCUCCCAGUGUGAGUGAUGUGCCUAAAAUGGCUGACAUCACAGCCAGCCCAAAGCCCUGCUGCUUCCUACUUUCGCUUGGAAGCUGAACAGCACUUGGACUAAGUCCGCCCACUGACCCAGAUGAAGUGGUACCAGUUGGCCAGAGAAGAGCCUGGUGUUGGUGCAUGUGCUUUGGACUAGCAUUUAUGCUUGCAGGUGUCAUUCUAGGAGGGGCAUACCUGUACAAAUACUUUGCACUUCAAGUAAGUGGAAAAAUACCAGAUGACGUGUACUACUGUGGAAUAAAGUACAUCAAAGAUGAUGUCAUCUUGAAUGAGCCUUCUGCCGAUGCCCCAGCUGCUCGCUACCAGACAAUUGAGGAAAAUAUUAAGAUCUUUGAGGAAGAUGAAGUUGAAUUCAUCAGUGUGCCUGUCCCAGAGUUUGCAGAUAGUGAUCCUGCCAACAUUGUUCAUGACUUUAACAAGAAACUCACGGCCUAUUUAGAUCUUAACCUGGAUAAGUGCUAUGUGAUUCCUCUGAACACUUCCAUUGUUAUGCCACCCAGAAACCUACUGGAGUUACUUAUUAACAUAAAGGCUGGAACCUAUUUGCCUCAAUCAUAUCUAAUUCACGAACACAUGGUUAUCACUGAUCGCAUUGAAAACCUUGACCACCUGGGUUUCUUUAUUUAUCGACUGUGCCAUGGCAAGGAAACUUAUAAACUGCAACGCAGAGAUACCAUUAAAGGCAUUCAGAAACGUGAAGUCAGCAAUUGUAUCACAAUUCGGCAUUUUGAAAACAAAUUUGCCGUGGAAACUUUAAUUUGUUCUUGAACAUUCAAGAAAAACAUGGAGAAAAACUUAAUAACACAGCAUAACCAUACUCUUUGUAUUUUGUGCAGUGAUUAUUUUUUAAAAUCUUCUUUCAUGUAAGUAGCAAACAGGGCUUCACUAUCUUUUCAUCUCAUUAAUUCAAUUAAAACCAUUUCCUUUUAAAAAUAUUUUCUUCUUUCCAAGUGUGGUGUCUUUUAUCUUUGAUUUAGUAGUUGUAUAAAGUCAUAAAAAACAGUACACUUCACCAUAUAUCUUAGGUAGAGAGAUUCUAUGUUUUAAUUGUGCAUUUUCAAGAGGAGUGAUUAUCUAAAGGAUAAUCAUAUAAAUGCAUACAUAAAAAUGGACCAUUGUGACUUAUUUGUAGUUGUUAGUUGCCCUGCUACUUAGUUGUUAGAGCAUUUAAUAAGCACACAAUUUAAUUUUUCUCUAAUUAAAAUAUGCAGUAUUUUCAGUGUAAUAUUUAACUCUUUAGCGUAUAAUUUCCACCUCAGUGUUUUAAUAUCCUAGGCAUCUGCUGUAAUAAUAUUUUAGAAAAUGUUUGGAAUUUGAGAAAUAACUUGUGUUACUAAUUUGUAUAACUCAUAUAUGUGCAAUGGAACAUAAAUAUCACAAAAUUAUUUGAC